AUGGAAAUAAUCAGCUACCGAGCAGAUUGUGAUAAAACUAAUUUAUCAUUUAAUUUAAUUCAUAAUCCUGAUUUUGAAUAUCCUGCCUGGAUUUUAGUACUCGAUCAUCAUAUGAAAUAUACAUGGAAUAUUAAACUGGUAUGCAUCGACUUCAAUUUACCUAUUAUUCCUGGAGAUUUGGAUGGGCAAAUUGUUGGAUGGGGGGCGAAAUCUAUAGAUUAUGAAUACAGUAAUAAUUUACAAAGAGCAGAUUUAAAAUCUUUGACAAAACAGGAAUGUAAAGUUAUGGUUGGUGCAAACUAUAAAUCUGAGAUUACAAAUGAUAAAUUCUGUGCCAUAAAUAAAAUUGGUUCAUCUGCAUGUAAAGGUGAUAGUGGAAGUGGAUUUGUUAUAAAAAAAAAUGUAUAA